ACAGCUUUAAGCAGCUCCGCGCGCUCCCGCGGGCGGCAAUCACGAUCACUUUUUGGCACAACACCUGGCGCUAAGGGGGCAAAACAAUCGCAUGAGUGCUGCUGUUUGACUGAGGAAGAAUAAUGUAGUCGUGGGUUCUUCUUCUAAGAAGCAAAGCAAAGAUGUGGAGCCUUCAGAAUCUCCUGUUUACCAUCUGCAUUGCUCUGAUAUGUGUGACCAGUGCAGUAGGGGUGAUCCAUGUGACUGGAUAUCUGGGGAGUAAAGUUAAAAUUUCCUGCUCUUAUGAUAAGGGUUAUGAAUCUUAUGAAAAGUAUCUGUGUAGGAACAACUGUCAUGACAGUGAUGUUCUUAUUACAACAUCGGAAUCAACAAAAAACAAAUACAAGACCCAUGAUGACAAAACGGCACGAAUCUUCACAGCAAUCAUCUCUGAUCUUCAUUCUACGGAUGCUGGCAAAUACUGGUGUGGAGUGAGCAAAAAUUGGAACGAUAUCUACACUGAAGUUAAGCUGGAAUUGGUACCAGACAGCUGCUGUGACAGUGUGACAAAAGUUGAAAGUUAUGCAGGAUAUUCAGUGUCCUUCAGUUGUCCGUAUGAGUCAAGGUACCAGAACAACCUGAAGUACAUCUGCAAAGGAACCCGGCCCUCCAUAUGUCUGGAACAGGCACUAAUCACCUCUUACAACAAGCAAAAAGGGCGAUUCAGACUUGAUGAUGAAAAUAUGUCAACCAAAUUCACAACAAAGAUUAGCAGUUUGACCCAAAGUGAUUCAGGGCGUUACCUUUGUGGCAUCCAAAGAAACUCUGAACUGCAUGAUUUUCGUGCUUUUGAGCUGAAAGUUAAAGACCACUGCUGUGAUACUGUGACCAAUAUUGAAAGUUAUGAGGGAUAUUCUAAGUUCAUCAAUUGUCCUUACGAAAGUCAGUACCAGAACAGCCUGAAGUACAUCUGCAGAGGAAACCAGCCCUCCACAUGUCUGCAGCAGGCACUGAUCACCUCUAACAACAAAGAAAAUGGACGAUUUAGUCUUGAUGAUGAAAAGAUGUCAAGAAUAUUCACAGUGACAAUUAGCAGUUUGACCCAAAGUGAUUCAGGGCAUUACCUUUGUGGUGUUCAAACAAACUCUGACCAUGAUGUUUUCUCUGCUGUUGACCUGAACGUCAAAGAGUGGUGCUGUGUCAGUAAAACUGAAAUAACAGGUACUGUGGGACAGCCACUAACUCUGCAGUGCCCUUAUCCUUCACAACAUCAGCAUAACAGGAAGUUCCUCUGUAAGGGAGACCACCGCAACAGCUGCAGAGACAUGGCGAUGAGUCAAAGCAGAUUCGCACUACAAGAUGAUGCUUCUUCCAGCACUUUCGUUGUGAUAAUCUCAAAGGUGGAAGCAGCUGAUGCUGGGACAUACUGGUGUGGGUCAGACUCACAGUGGAGAGUUGGAAACUACACCAAGAUUCAGUUGUCAGUCGUCUUUCUGCAGCACACCAGCACUGUACCUUCUACAGUAAAAACUCCUGGAAAAACUGUACCUCCUACAGUAGAAAAUCUUGUAAAAACUCAAACUUCUACAAUGAAAGCUCUUGAAAAAACUCAAACUUCUACACUGAAAACUCUUGAAAAAACUCAAACACAAACUCCUGGUCAACCUGUUAAAGAUGCAGCACUUUAUGUUCCUUUCACCAUUCUCCUGUGCUGCUGCUAUUGAUAGGCAUCCUUGUGGUUGUAGUUUACAAGUGGAAAUAUCACAAAGUAAAAGAAGAUGAAGCCAUCGUGGACAGAAAUGCACCCAAGGCAGAAAGUUUAGAGGAAGUGAUGGGUGCAAUGGAAAAUGAUAUUUAUGGAAACCAAGAAGUUGUGAUGUACUCGAAGAAGCAGACCUCCAAACAACAGAGUGCCUGUGCCCAAUAUGAAGAUGAAGAACAAGACUAUGAAAACUUCACAACAUCUGAAGACAUCUACUGUAAUGAAAAUUUCCAUCUAGCCAAUAGAAAAUAAACAGUCUAAGGAGUUUGGAAAGAAACACGUCUGGACUUUAGAGAAUUCCACCAAUUGCUCUUAGAACUAAAGAAGCUUCUCGGAUGAGAGAUAAAACAUGUUCAAGAAACUUCCAGAUGCUUUUCUUUCCAGCUCCUUAGACUGCGAUGACCUGGAUGAACCUUCACAGACAUAAAAUAAACAGAGUGUUAAUUUGAAGUCAAACUGUGGGUCUUACCUGUAUAGAGAUUAAUCUACUUGAUUGAUCAUUAACAGUUACACAACAAAUCUUAAUAUACAGUGAUCCAGCCGUCUUAUUUUCUCAGUGAAACUUUGUUGUGUUUACUGUUUUAUCAUCACUUCUUACUCUUUUUCUAUUAGCUUUAACUUUUAUUGCUUAGUGUUAACAGCAAUCUGCAGUCUUUUCAUCAAAAUUGAACUCAAAUGCAAAUGACUAACACGAGUGCAAAUUAAAUAAAUAGGCAAAGCAAAAUGAAUUCCAGUGUUGGACCAUUUAGUAAUAAGUUUUAUAGCACAGUCAUUUUAAAUCUUUUGUUUAUUUUUGCCCUAUUUUAAUGUAAAUUGCCACAUUGUCAGAGUCUGUCAGUUCCAGAUAUUUGGACAGAAAUCGAGCAGUGAAAUGUUGAAAAGUUAUGUUUACUAAUUGCAAUUUUCAUGUAAUUUUUUUUCUGUUUGUUGCAACUGAAAUUUACCAGGUGCAGUGCUUUUAUUAACUGAAUUAUAUUCAUGGUAAUGCUGUAUUUAGCUUAAAUUUAUAAUAACAUAUUUAUAUUUUUAUUAUUAUUUUACAUUUAUUAUUAUUUCAUAUCAUUAGUUGACAUAAAUUAGCCUUUUGCCUUAGUAAACAAGAGCAUAGCACUAUAUUCCCGAGAUAUGUAAAGUAAAAAUAAAAUACACCAAAAGAAAAGGAAAAGAAAAAUCCACAAAACUCUUGACCUGAUCAGUUACUCAAACUAAUCCAACCUUUUCUGAUUUGUAGAGAAUUUGUUGCUGCUUGACUAAAAUCAUGAACUUUAUUUUUUCCAGCUUCUCUGAAGAAAAUUAAACCUGUUUUCAAAAGUUACACUUUCAGUGUCACUUGUUAAUGUGUCACAGUGAGCACUCUGCUGGUGCUGUUUUAUCACUUCAAAUACCCUCUCCUCUUGAAUAUUAGCAUAUAUCACUGGGGAGACUGCUUAAAUCUAUUUGUGAGUGAAGAAGUAAUCCUUGAAUUUGUGGAAAUGUUGACAAAAUUGUUGUAGCAUUCAGUCCUUCACACUGACAAGUUAUCAGCCAACAUUUACAAGUUUGCUCAGUAUACCACAUCCAAAAACUGCAAGGUUGCAGCUCAUAGUCACACCUACCUACUAAUCACAGAGUAAAAAAUGUAGCUUAAGUACAGAUUUCUUGUACUAGUUGUGCUACACAAAUGUGCUGAAGAGGUCUGCUUUGGUAUCCAAAUGAAAGAAACAGCUGAUGAAUUGUCAAAAAAAGUGAGAAAAGAUAUGUAGAAAAGUUACCAAAAGUUACUUUCUGUGUGGAGUUUGAAUGCUCUCUCCAUCCAUGGGUUCUCUCUGGAUUCUUCCCACAGUCCAAAUACAUGCUAGGGUUUACCCUGGCUUUUGGCCUAUGGCAUCUAGGAUAAGUUCCAGACCUUGAAUUGGAUAAAAAAAAUGAAUGGAUGGAUUUUUUUCCCUAGUUUUUUAAAGACUAUGGCACUACAUGGUGAGGAGCUAAUGAGCCAGAAUAGAAAAACAGAAAACCACAAAGGAACUUUGGGGAGUGCACCCAUCUAUGUGAAGGUUAGUGUGUCCUUGAAUGUGCUUGCUAAGGAAACAACAUGUAGUCUUUUUAUGACUUGUUUUGCUGACCACAGUGAACACGAGGGUGAGCGCACGUGUAGCCCCUGUGACUAAGCAUGUAAUUUCAAUGUUGCAAUAUGCUUGUGUGACUACUAGAUAACUAUAGGGGCAGUCCCCUUAAGGGGCGCCCAGAGCCAUCAUAAUGAACAGACUCAGGAAGUGCUCCUCAGAUCCACUUGGUGCUUGCUGUGGCUGCGUGUAGUGUGAUCUCCCAAUGCACAUUGGUAAUAAAGC